AAAAAAGGUCCCUUUGAAAUGGAAUAUCAGAUGAAAAGAUUACCAUCUGAAAGAUUAGCAACUCAGAAAAUUCUUUCUGUGAUUGGUGAUUGCCUUGAUAAUUUUGGUCCUGGAUGUGUGAGUGUGCAGAAGAUACUCAAUGCUCGCUGCCCACUGGUGAAAUUUUCUCAUCAACCAACAGGAUUCCAGUGUGAUCUGUCAGUGAGCAACAGCAUUGCUAUAAAAAGUUCAGAACUCUUGUAUAUCUAUGGCUGUCUUGAUUCCCGUGUAAGAGCGCUAGUGUUCACUGUACGAUGUUGGGCCCGUGUUCAUGGACUUACAAAUAGUGUUCCUGGUACCUGGAUUACAAACUUCUCUCUAACCAUGAUGAUCAUGUUUUUUCUGCAAAAGAGAUCACCACCUAUCAUUCCAACACUAGACCAACUUAAAGAACUGGCAGAUGAAACAGACAAGCAUGUAAUUGGAGGAUAUGAUUGCUCAUUUGUUAGUGAUUUAAGCAAGAUUAAACCUACAGAAAAUAGAGAAACACUUGAUGUAUUGUUGGGUGACUUUUUUGAAUAUUUUGGAAACUUUGAUUUCAGAAAGAAUUCCAUAAAUCUUCGAAAGGGAAAGGAAGUAAAUAAACCUGAGUCGUCUCCUCUUUAUAUCUGGAAUCCCUUUGAACAAGACCUUAAUAUCAGCAAGAAUGUUAAUCAGCCACAGCUGGAGAAAUUUGUAGCUAUGGCUAGAGAAAGUGCCUGGAUUUUACAGAAAGAAGAUAAAACUCGGCAAAUGAUCAAUAAAGAACCUUGGGGACUGGCAGCCCUACUGAUACCAUUUGGAAAAAGUAAUCCCAGCAAGAUGAAGAAUAGGAUGAAAGGAAUGGGAAGUGAAACAAUCAGAAGCCUCUUGGAUUCUUUGAAGUUAAAUAAUGCAAACAGUCUACAAAAAGCAGUGGGAAAGUGACUUUCAGCACAGAAACACAGUAGCUGAUACUCUGUUUUAGGAAUUGAAUGUGACACACAGUCCGAAGAACAUUACUUGUAAUAUUUCUAGUAUGGUGAAAUGGAGAGUCAGAUGACCUCUGUUUUCCAUCGUGAUGCUUUUUGUACAGGUCUGCUUGCUUUCUGUACAUUUUUCUCCUCUUUACUCUUCACUUUUCCAUCUGUUUUAUGAAUGAACAGCAUUCAAAUGCAAGUUUUACAGAUACAUUUUGGAAGUAGCCUUCAGUUGGGCACUCUU